AUGCAGGAGAGCCAGACCAAGAGCAUGUUCGUGUCCCGGGCUCUGGAGAAGAUCCUGGCCGACAAGGAGGCGAAGCGGCCCCAGCACUCCCAGCUGCGCAGAGCCUGCCAGGUGGCGCUCGAUGAAAUUAAAGCAGAGCUAGAAAAGCAAAGACCUGGGGCUGCUGCACCACCAAAAGCAAAUUUCAUCGAGGCUGAUAAGUAUUUCCUUCCAUUUGAACUAGCCUGCCAAUCAAAAUCUCCACGGGUGGUCAGUACAUCACUAGACUGCUUGCAGAAACUCAUUGCAUAUGGACACAUUACUGGUAAUGCUCCAGACAGUGGAGCCCCCGGGAAGCGCCUGAUUGACCGGAUAGUUGAAACCGUUUGCAAUUGCUUCCAGGGCCCUCAGACUGAUGAAGGAGUACAAUUACAAAUAAUUAAGGCACUUCUUACAGCAGUGACUUCCCCACACAUUGAAAUUCAUGAAGGAACAAUACUUCAGACAGUUAGAACAUGUUACAAUAUUUAUCUGGCUAGUAAAAAUCUCAUUAAUCAGACAACUGCCAAGGCCACCCUCACUCAGAUGUUGAAUGUCAUUUUUACCCGAAUGGAGAACCAAGCGUUACAAGAUGCCAGAGAAUUAGAAAAAGCAAUGCAUCCCAAACCCCAGUCUCCUGUGCUUCAAGCUGUGGCAGGAUCCCCAAAGUUUAAUCGGCUGAAGCAUAACCAACUACCAAGCAAAUCAUCAACUCCUGAAAAAACUGACUUAACAAAUGGGGAACACCAGCGGAGGGGCUCUCAUGAAGAUAGGAUGGAAAAUGGAGAAGCCCAACUAGAGGGAGGCCAUUCUUUGUCAGGUUCUGAGGAAAUACCAAAUGAAGGAGCCCAUGAAGUGGUGAAGGGCAUCUUAGAAGAUGUUGUAACAUCUGCUGUUAAAGAAGCCACAGGAAAACAUGGCAUAUUGGAUUCUGAGAGAGUCUUGGGAGAAUUGGAGGCCAAGGACCUUUCUUCUAGUGGAAUUGAUGAAAACUCCCAAACCAAUGGAAUUGCAGAUGAUAGGCAGUCAUUAUCAUCAGCUGAUAAUCUGGAAUCAGAUGUACAUGGACCUCAAGUGGCUGCUAAGUUUUCUCAUAUUCUGCAGAAAGAUGCCUUUCUAGUGUUCCGAUCCCUCUGCAAGCUCUCCAUGAAGCCACUUGGUGAAGGACCCCCAGAUCCCAAAUCUCAUGAGCUACGUUCAAAAGUUGUUUCCCUUCAGCUGCUUCUCUCAGUGUUGCAAAAUGCUGGUCCUGUCUUCAGGACCCAUGAAAUGUUCAUCAAUGCGAUCAAGCAAUACCUCUGUGUGGCAUUAUCCAAAAAUGGAGUUUCUUCAGUGCCUGAUGUUUUUGAGCUGUCUCUUGCCAUUUUUCUCACUCUUCUUUCAAACUUUAAGACACAUUUGAAAAUGCAGAUUGAGGUCUUUUUCAAAGAGAUUUUCUUGAACAUUUUAGAAACAUCAACAAGUUCUUUUGAGCACAAAUGGAUGGUUAUUCAGACUCUGACUAGGAUUUGUGCAGAUGCCCAGUGUGUUGUGGAUAUCUAUGUCAACUAUGACUGUGAUUUGAAUGCUGCUAAUAUUUUCGAACGCCUCGUAAAUGAUUUAUCAAAAAUUGCUCAGGGAAGAAGUGGACAUGAAUUGGGAAUGACACCUCUGCAGGAAUUAAGUCUGAGAAAGAAAGGUCUCGAAUGUUUAGUAUCUAUACUCAAAUGCAUGGUGGAAUGGAGUAAAGACCUGUAUGUGAACCCCAACCAUCAAACAAGUCUGGGCCAGGAAAGACCAACAGAUCAGGACCUGGUGGAGCCCAAAGGUCUUGACAUUGGGAGGAGGAGUAGUGUAAGCUCCAUGGACUCUACUGUGUCCUCUGGGAUAGGAAGCGUUGCUACCCAGACCUCUGUCCCAGAUGAUCCUGAGCAGUUUGAGGUUAUCAAGCAACAAAAGGAAAUCAUUGAACAUGGAAUAGAACUGUUCAACAAAAAACCAAAACGGGGCAUCCAGUACCUACAGGAGCAGGGCAUGCUUGGAACUCCAGUGGAAGAUAUUGCACAGUUUCUGCACCAAGAAGAACGCCUGGAUUCUACCCAGGUAGGAGACUUUCUUGGAGAAAGCACCAGACUCAACAAGGAGGUGAUGUAUGCCUACGUGGACCAGCUUGAUUUCUGUGGAAAGGAUUUUGUUUCAGCUUUACGAAUAUUUCUUGAAGGUUUCCGCUUACCUGGUGAAGCUCAGAAGAUAGAUAGGCUAAUGGAGAAGUUUGCAGCAAGAUAUCUUGAAUGCAACCAAGGGCAAACCAUGUUUGCUAGUGCUGACACUGCUUAUGUCUUGGCAUAUUCAAUUAUUAUGCUCACAACAGAUUUACACAGUCCUCAGGUGAAGAAUAAGAUGACAAAAGAACAAUAUAUUAAAAUGAAUCGAGGUAUCAAUGACAGUAAAGAUCUGCCAGAGGAAUAUCUUUCCACCAUUUAUGAAGAGAUAGAAGGAAAGAAAAUUGCUAUGAAAGAAACAAAAGAACACACAAUCGCUACUAAAUCUAAUAAGCAGAAUGUAGCCAGUGAAAAGCAGAGGAGAUUACUUUACAAUUUGGAAAUGGAGCAGAUGGCUAAAACUGCUAAAGCUCUGAUGGAAGCUGUAAGUCACGCCAAAGCACCUUUCACAAGUGCCACACACCUGGACCAUGUUAGGCCCAUGUUCAAGCUGGUGUGGACCCCUCUGUUGGCUGCGUACAGCAUUGGGCUUCAAAACUGUGAUGAGACCGAAGUGGCCUCUUUGUGCUUGGAAGGGAUAAGAUGUGCCAUCCGGAUAGCCUGUAUCUUUGGAAUGCAGCUGGAACGAGAUGCCUACGUACAAGCUCUUGCUCGAUUCUCCCUUUUGACUGCUAGUUCCAGUAUUACGGAGAUGAAACAGAAAAACAUUGAUACCAUAAAGACACUGAUUACAGUGGCUCAUACUGAUGGCAACUACCUUGGAAACUCCUGGCAUGAGAUCUUGAAAUGUAUUAGCCAACUGGAACUUGCCCAGCUGAUAGGAACUGGGGUGAAGACUCGAUACUUGUCUGGAUCUGGGCGUGAAAAAGAAAGUACCUUGAAGGGCUACACUUCUGCAGGAGAAGAGUUCAUGGGCCUGGGAUUAGGUAACUUAGUUGGUGGUGGAGUGGAUAAAAGGCAGAUGGCCAGCAUUCAGGAAUCAGUUGGUGAGACAAGCUCUCAGAGUGUGGUCGUGGCUGUGGACAGAAUAUUUACUGGUUCUACUAGACUGGAUGGAAAUGCAAUAGUUGACUUUGUCCGCUGGCUCUGUGCUGUUUCUAUGGAUGAGCUGGCUUCACCACAUCAUCCACGCAUGUUCAGCUUGCAGAAGAUUGUCGAAAUUUCAUACUACAAUAUGAAUAGAAUUAGAUUGCAAUGGUCACGGAUAUGGCAAGUGAUUGGAGACCACUUUAAUAAGGUUGGAUGUAACCCUAAUGAAGAUGUGGCCAUUUUUGCUGUUGAUUCACUGAGGCAGCUGUCCAUGAAGUUUCUUGAGAAGGGAGAGUUAGCCAAUUUUCGAUUCCAGAAGGAUUUUCUGAGACCGUUUGAGCACAUUAUGAAGAAAAACAGAUCACCUACUAUUCGAGACAUGGUCAUCCGCUGCAUAACUCAGAUGGUAAACUCCCAAGCUGCUAACAUUCGCUCAGGUUGGAAGAAUAUCUUUGCUGUGUUCCACCAGGCAGCUUCAGAUCAUGAUGGGAAUAUUGUGGAACUGGCGUUCCAAACAACAGGCCAUAUAGUCACAACUAUCUUUCAGCACCAUUUUCCUGCUGCAAUAGACUCCUUUCAAGAUGCUGUGAAGUGCUUAUCUGAGUUUGCCUGCAAUGCUUCCUUUCCUGACACCAGCAUGGAAGCUAUUCGCCUGAUCCGCUACUGUGGGAAAUAUGUUUCUGAAAGGCCCCGGGUGCUUCAAGAAUACACAAGUGAUGAUAUGAAUGUAGCUCCUGGAGACAGAGUCUGGGUUCGAGGCUGGUUCCCUAUCCUUUUUGAACUCUCUUGCAUUAUUAAUAGGUGCAAGUUAGAUGUUCGGACAAGAGGACUCACAGUGAUGUUUGAGAUAAUGAAGAGCUACGGUCACACUUUUGAAAAGCAUUGGUGGCAAGAUCUAUUCAGAAUUGUGUUUAGAAUUUUUGACAACAUGAAACUCCCUGAGCAGCAGUCAGAGAAAUCAGAAUGGAUGACCACAACUUGCAAUCAUGCACUUUAUGCUAUCUGUGAUGUGUUCACACAGUUUUAUGAAGCUUUAAAUGAAGUUCUGCUUUCUGAUGUAUUUGCACAGUUACACUGGUGUGUAAAACAAGAUAAUGAGCAGCUGGCCCGAUCUGGAACAAAUUGUUUAGAAAAUUUGGUAAUAUCAAAUGGUGAGAAAUUCAGCCCUGAAGUUUGGGAUGAAACUUGUAAUUGUAUGCUGGACAUUUUCAAAACAACUAUUCCACACAUUUUGCUAACUUGGAAGCCUGCUGGAAUGGAGGACGAUACAUCAGAAAAACACUUGGAUCUCGAUCUGGACCGCCAGUCUUUAAGCAGUAUAGAUAAAAAUCCCUCUGAGAGAGGUCAGAGCCAGAUUUCUAACCCAACUGAUGACAGCUGGAAAGGUAGACCAUAUACAAACCAGAAGCUGUUUGCUAGCCUCCUGAUCAAGUGUGUGGUUCAGCUGGAAUUGAUACAGACCAUUGACAACAUAGUGUUCUAUCCAGCAACUAGCAAAAAAGAGGAUGCUGAGCACAUGGUGGCAGCUCAGAGAGAUACACUGGAUGCCGAUAUUCAUAUAGACACAGAGGAUCAAGGAAUGUAUAAAUACAUGUCUUCACAGCAUCUUUUUAAAUUACUAGACUGUUUGCAAGAGUCUCAUUCAUUCUCAAAGGCCUUUAACUCAAAUUAUGAACAGCGAACAGUCCUGUGGAGAGCAGGAUUUAAAGGCAAAUCUAAGCCCAAUCUUUUAAAACAAGAGACCAGCAGUUUGGCAUGUUGUUUAAGAAUUCUCUUCCGAAUGUACAUUGAUGAAAACCGCAAAGAUUCUUGGGAGGAGAUACAGCAUCGACUUUUAAGUGUUUGUAGUGAAGCUUUGGGUUAUUUUAUUACCGUGAAUUCAGAAAGCCAUCGAGAGGCUUGGACAAGCCUAUUAUUGUUACUUCUAACCAAAACACUCAAAAUAAGUGAUGAAAAGUUUAAAGCACAUGCUUCCAUGUAUUACCCCUAUCUAUGUGAAAUUAUGCAGUUUGACUUGAUCCCUGAGCUUCGAGCUGUUCUGCGGAAGUUUUUCCUUCGUAUAGGUGCCGUGUACAAAAUAUGGAUUCCAAAAGAGCCAUUACAGCUAAUGGGGACACAGGUACCAACCUGGUAGCUCCCAGCAAGAUUAGUCAUUGCUGACCCUCUGCCAAGCUUUGGUAACAACUCCGUUCACAAGGGGAGAAAUGCUCAUUGGUGCUUUACUGUGAAAACCAAGGAAGCAGCAUUUUGCAUUUCAUACUGUGGUUUGGAAAAGUAACCAUCCUACUCUGGCCAAUAAGGAGCAUCUCAUAAAAGUAGCUUAACUAAGGGUUGGUACUAUUUUAUUUAAAUUGUUGCAUCCUGAGUUAAUGCUGUCAAAUUGAAGUCUGUUUCACCCCUGUCAUUCUAUUCCUGUUCGCUGAUUGGAAUCUGUCAAAUCUGUCAAUGAAAGAUGCUGUCAUUUUCUAUCUAAUUCACAUAAUUGGUUGUAAAUGAUUUAUCAAGAGAAUUUCUAUCUUUGAAAAUACUGAAUAUAGUUGUAUAGGUUUGUGCUGUUUAGAGAGUAUGUUAAUAAAAAUAUAUUGUAAUGGCUCACUGCCACCUAAAAACUAGGCUGGAUUUUUUUUUUGUUCUUUGAGUGCACACUAAGGUAGAACAGGUUGGGUGUGUGUUAGUUUUGGAUGAGCUAUUAGUCCAGGUUGGAGAAAGUAGG